AAGAGGGGCUCCACCGUGAAACACCUUGUGCGCGCGUGUCCGCCAAGUACGUGAUUGUUGGUGUGUGGAAAGGUGUGAAAUAAACACAGCUCUAGUUUUGGAAAUUUGGGACACGCAGCGCGCGCGUCAUGAUUGCGACUAAAAGACGCUUCCCGGACUAAAUUGUCAACGGGAGACUUUUCCACUCGCUGCCGCAGACACGGACACCUCACCCAGCCACUGACAACCCGCCGCUCUCGUCUAUACGUGAAAAGAUGGGGCCAUUAUUUCUUCUUUUCUUCUUUGCUGUGUUGCCCUUACUCAGCAUAUCUGCGCACAAUACCUCUGCUGGUUGUGCUAUCAUCCGUCCUCCCAGAGAUGGUGGGAUAAGGUACAGAGGCCUUACCCAGGAGCAGAUCCGUAGUGUGCAGGCUCUCCCGGUUGACUAUGAGAUUGAGUACAUCUGCAGGGGAAACCGUGUGAUUGUUGGACCCAAGGUCAGGAAAUGUUUGCCCAAUAACACUUGGACUGACCUGACCCAACAAAGUAGAUGCUUGUUGUUAUGUGCUCGGAUGUGGACGUCUUUAGAAAAUGGUCAAGUGGCUUCUUGGCCCGUAGGGCCCCCAGUGGAGGGGACUGUGCUGCGCUAUAGCUGCCUCCCUGGCUUCGUCUUGAUGGGCCGAAACUCAACACAGUGCAAUAAGUUGGGCAAGUGGGAUACGCCCAAACCAGUGUGCCACUAUGAUCGGAAUUUCAAAGCUCUAGGCAAGAAGAAGCUCUACAUUGGCGCUCUCUUUCCCAUGAGUGGAGGCUGGCCUGGAGGACAAGCCUGCCUCCCUGCCGCUAAGAUGGCCCUGGCUCUGGUGAAUGAAAGGACUGAUAUACUGCCAGACUAUGAACUGGAGCUCAUUCAUUAUGACAGUAUGUGUGAUCCCGGAGAAGCCACCAAGCUGCUUUAUGACCUUCUGUACACCGAACCCAUCAAAAUUGUUCUGAUGCCAGGUUGCAGUUCCGUGUCAACAUUGGUGGCAGAGGCAGCUCGCAUGUGGAACCUCAUAGUGCUGUCCUACGGGUCCAGUUCCCCAGCUCUGUCCAAUCGCCAACGCUUUCCUACUUUCUUUCGCACUCAUCCAUCUGCUACGCUGCACAACCCCACUCGAGUGCAACUAUUCCAAAAGUGGAAAUGGACCAAGAUUGCAACCAUUCAGCAGACAACGGAAGUUUUUACAUCGACCCUGGAUGAUCUAGAAGAGAGGGUGAAGGAAGCUGGGAUUGAAAUCAGCGUUCGCCAAAGCUUCCUGAGUGACCCUGCUGUGGCUGUAAAAAACCUCAAGCGUCAAGAUGCCCGAAUCAUUGUUGGCCUCUUCUAUGAGACUGAAGCCAGGAAGGUCUUUUGUGAGGUCUACAAGGAAAAGCUGUAUGGAAAGAAAUACGUGUGGUUCCUCAUUGGCUGGUACGCAGACAACUGGUUUAAAAUUAAAGACCCUUCCAUCAACUGUACAGUGGAGCAAAUGACAGAAGCUGUGGAAGGUCAUGUGACCACUGAGAUCGUCAUGCUCAAUCCAGAAACUGUGCGAGGAGCUUCCAACCUGACCUCCCAGGACUUUCUGGACCAGCUGAUGUCAAAACUCGGGGGUAAAAACGCAGAAGAGACAGGAGGUUUUCAAGAAGCCCCUCUAGCCUACGACGCUGUGUGGGCUCUCGCUCUCGCUCUCAACAAGACUGUGGGACCUCUGAAGGCCAAAGGUCACCGUCUGGAAGAUUUCAAUUACAACAACCGAGAUAUCACCGCUGAAAUCUACAGAGCCCUCAACACCAGCUCCUUUGAAGGAGUUUCAGGUCAUGUAAUAUUUGAUGCUCAAGGUUCUCGGAUGGCCUGGACUCUAAUUGAACAGCUUCAAGGGGGAAGCUAUAAGAAGAUUGGAUACUACGACAGCAGUAAAGGCAAUCUGUCCUGGUAUGGGAAUGACAAAUGGAUUGGUUCUGGACCCCCUGCAGACCAAACAAUGGUCAUCGAGGAGUUCCGCUAUCUGUCACAGAAGCUAUUUGUCUCCAUGUCUGUGUUUGCUGGUUUGGGAAUCUUGCUGGGCGUCAUCUGCCUCACCUUCAACAUCUACAACAGCAAUGUCAGGUAUAUUCAGAACUCCCAGCCCUACCUGAACAACAUGACAGCCGUGGGCUGCAUGAUGUCUCUCGCUGCUGUCUUCCCUCUGGGCAUUGAUGGCCUUCAUGUCCACAGGAAACAUUUCCCUGUCGUCUGCCAGUUCCGCUUGUGGCUGCUUGGUCUGGGUUUCAGCCUUGCGUACGGCAGCAUGUUUACCAAGAUCUGGUGGGUGCAUACCGUCUUCACCAAGAAGGAUGAGAAGAAGGAUAAGAAAAAGCACCUGGAGCCCUGGAAGCUCUGUGCGACUGUUGGCGUCCUGCUUGGCAUCGAUUUCUUGUCUCUCAUCAUCUGGCAGAUUGUGGAUCCUUUGCAUAUCACUGUGGAGAAAUUCACCCGAGAAGCCCCAAAAGGAGACCAGGAUGUUUUGAUCCAACCAUUAUUGGAGCACUGCAGCUCUGAAAAGAUGAACACCUGGCUGGGUGUGGUGUACGGGUAUAAAGGCUUGCUGCUGCUGCUUGGCAUCUUCCUGGCUUACGAGACAAAGUCAAUAUCCACGGAGAAAAUCAAUGACCACCGGGCUGUGGGCAUGGCUAUCUACAACGUUGCUGUGCUAUGUUUGAUCACAGCCCCCGUCACCAUGAUCCUGUCUUCUCAGCAGGAUGCCGCCUUUGCCUUCGCCUCCCUGGCCAUUGUCUUCUCGGUCUACAUCACCCUGGUGGUUCUGUUUGUUCCCAAGAUGCGACGUCUGAUCACUCGAGGUGAGUGGCAGUCAGACGCCCAAGAGACCAUGAAGACUGGCUCGUCAAUGAACAACAACGAUGAAGAGAAAUCCCGACAGUUGGAGAGAGAGAACCAGGAGCUCCAGAAGAUCAUUCAAGAAAAAGAAGAACGUGUAUCCGAGCUGAGGAACCAGCUCUCUGAGCGACAAGCCCUACGGUCAAGAAGAAGACCAUCCACUGUCACCAAUCAAAACCACAGCAACCCUGCACUCACCAUCCCCCAGACCAACCCCAGAACUCUGGCCCAUCCGCCAGGUUACCCUGCACCCACUUCUGAUCUGCAUGCGGUCCCUCCGUCUUUUGGCAACUCAUCCAGCCUAUACCAGCCUGACAACAAAAUUGGCCGCAAUAACUGUCAUACCAGCCGGCUGCAGAUGCUCUACAAGUGAAGUGAACUGAGGGGAUGACUUCAAGCAUGAACGCUUUUAUGACAUUCAUACUUGUGGAUGGACAGAAUAAGGUACAACACUUUUAAAAGAUUGUUAAGUGAAUAUCUGGAGGGACAGUAGACAUUAAAAAGAGAUGUACAUGCAUUUGUUACAAUUUUGCAUCCGACAUAUGCUAAUGAUGUGGAAAAAAUUACUAAAAUUUGACCGUUUGCUGAGUUUACCUUUCUAAUAGGGCCCCUGUAUUAUUGACAACAUUGGCACUUAUAUCAUAAAUCAGUAAGUAUGUCUACAGGUAAAAAUCCCCCCCAAAAUGGACAAAGUAGUGAUUUUAGUGUUACAUUGGUGCUCUUCGAAGCGGAGGUGGUGACCCCAAAAUGAGAGGAUCAGCAGUUAGAAGUGUAUUUAAGUCCAAAUGUUCAGUAGAGUGCACAGAACAGCACAGGAGAAACUGUGCAUGAAAAAAGGUAAGCUUAACAGAGAACAUACAACAAAAGAAAAUACCAAAACUAUACUCACAAAUACUUCUGACCGCAGGGAUAAAACCCGAGUACUGGUAUUUUUUGGUACCGGUUCCUAAUUAGGCUGGUCCAUGAGGACCGUGAAGAUUCUGCACUAAGGAGACUGCUAUCGGUUGGUUUUUAUCCAGCUGAUCGACAUAUUUGUGACACGCUGCCACAUUCAGUUCAGCUGCUGCUGCUACACAUUAAAAUCAGCUUUAGAGAACGACAAAUAAGAAAGCCACACCACACAAAAGCUUAUAACACAUCAAUAUUCCCGCCUCAAAAGUUCCCCAAAGUCACGCAAGCUGUUUCAGUUUGAAGUGAACGCACUUUACUCAUGACGAGUCACAACCCCGUUUUAUCAACCGUCCUCCUAGCGGUCCUUUAAUCCACAAACCAAUAUUAAUCCACUCAAAAAGUGAAUAAUGUAGGUAAUGUAAUAAUCCAUAAAGUUGCUUUGAAGCAAGAUAGCAUCCGCUGUGACUGACUGGUCUCUGGUUGCCGUCUGACGUCAAUCCAUUGUGCCGCGUUUGCAUGUCAUUAAACACAUCUUGCUUAAAUGUGUUUCAGUUAGGUCUGUCUCAUAACUACAAACUGGACGACCGAGCAUUAUAAUUGCUCAGUCUUUUUAUUUAUAUAAUACGCACAUACAUCGGUAGCUGCCAACACUCAGUAUGGCUUCCGGUCCGUCACUCAAAUACUUGCAGCAUUAUCACAAACAACAAUUCCUAUUGUUACAAAGUGCACACCCACAUAACAUGCUAAUUGAUCGUAUUGAUUUAUAUGAUUUAUUUGAUAUGAUAUACAAACCCCGUUUCCAUAUGAGUUGGGAAAUUGUGUUAGAUGUAAAUAUAAACGGAAUACAAUGAUUUGUAAUAAUUUUCAACCCAUAUUCAGUUGAAUAUGCUACAAAGACAACAUAUUUGAUGUUCAAACUGAUAAACUUUUUUUUUUUUGCAAAUCAUUAACUUUAGAAUCUGAUGCCAGCAACACGUGACAAAGAAGUUGGGAAAGGUGGCAAUAAAUACUGAUAAAGUUGAGGAAUGCUCAUCAAACACUUAUUUGGAACAUCCCACAGGUGAACAGGCAAAUUGGGAACAGGUGGGUGCCAUGGUUGGGUAUAAAAGUAGAUUCCAUGACAUGCUCAGUCAUUCACAAACAAGGAUGGGGUGACGGUCACCACUUUGUCAACAAAUGCGUGAGCAUAUUGUUGAACAGUUUAAGAAAAACCUUUCUCAACCAGCUAUUGCAAGGAAUUUAGGGAUUUCACCAUCUACAGACCGUAAUAUCAUCAAAGGGUUCAGAGAAUCUGGAGAAAUCACUGCACGUAAGCAGCUAAGCCCGUGACCUUCGAUCCCUCAGGCUGUACUGCAUCAACAAGCGACAUCAGUGUGUAAAGGAUAUCACCACAUGGGCUCAGGAACACUUCAGAAACCUACUGUCAGUAACUACAGUUGGUCGCUACAUCUGUAAGUGCAAGUUAAAACUCUCCUAUGCAAGGCAAAAACCGUUUAUCAACAACACCCAGAAACGCCUUCGGCUUUGCUGGUCCUGAGCUCAUCUAAGAUGGACUGAUACAAAGUGGAAAAGUGUUCUGUGGUCUGACGAGUCCACAUUUCAAAUUGUUUUUGGAAACUGUGGACGUCGUGUCCUCCGGACCAAAGAGGAAAAAAACCAUCCGGAUUGUUAUAGGCGCAAAGUUGAAAAGCCAGCAUCUGUGAUGGUAUGGGGGUGUAUUAGUGCCCAAGACAUGGGUAACUUACACAUCUGGGAAGGCGGCAUUAAUGCUGAAAGGUACAUACAGGUUUUGGAGCAACAUAUGCUGCCAUCCAAGCAACGUUACCAUGGACGCCCCUGCUUAUUUCAGCAAGACAAUGCCAAGCCACGUGUUACAUCAACGUGGCUUCAUAGUAAAAGAGUGCGGGUACCAGACUGGCCUGCCUGUAGUCCAGACCUGUCUCCCAUUGAAAAUGUGUGGCGCAUUAUGAAGCCUAAACCACCACAACGGAGACCCCCGGACUGUUGAACAACUUAAGCUGUACAUCAAGCAAGAAUGGGAAAGAAUUCCACCUGAGAAGCUUCAAAAAUGUGUCUCCUCAGUUCUCAAACGUUUACUGAGUGUUAUUAAAAGAAAAAGUGAUGUAACACAGUGGUGAACAUGCCCUUUCCCAACUACUUUGGCACAUGUUGCAGCCAUGAAAUUCUAAGUUAAUUAUUAUUUGCAAAAAAAAAAUAAAGUUUAUGAGUUUGAACAUCAAAUAUGUUGUCUUUGUAGUGCAUUCAAUUGAAUAUGGGUUGAAAAGGAUUUGCAAAUCAUUGUAUUCAGUUUAUAUUUACAUCUAACACAAUUUCCCAACUGAUAUGGAAACAGGGUUUGUAUCAUGUAAAAUGUAUGUUAUCCGCAGAUGAAUGCCAUAUAUGAAUAUUAUUUCCAGCUGGAGUGUAAUUGUAAUGAAUGGACACACAGUGGUGGAUCUGUGUGGUCUUUAGAAGAUGACAUAAUUUCAUUUCACAGUUUCCCACCUAGGCCUUCAGUGAUGUCUGACUUUAAUGAUAACCUCUCAAAAUACCAUAAUUUAUGUCACCACAUGACCAUUGCUGGAGAAAUACCAUACAGAAACACAUUUACGCACUACUGGCCUUUGUUUCACCUCAACAGUGUACAAAAUGGGUUAUUUUCUGGGGCAUUUAAAAAUCAAUAAACCCGCAUCAGCAAUUAAAACAUAUCUUAUGUGGUACUGUCAAAAUUAAAACUGCAAAAAACAUAUUAACCGUGAAAAAAUAAAGAAAUACAAUAUUUGAACUCGCAAUUUGUAGAACCCAUUCGACGCCGUAUAAGCCAGGGGUACUGCUCGUAGCCGGUUGAUCCGGGCAUUUCCCCAUUUCAUCGCCGGGAUAGCUAAGCUAGCUUCCGGGGUUGGCCGACGUUGUCUCACAAGAUGUAGUUUCUCUUUAAAUCUAAUCACAUCCCUGAGGUCCGUACCGAACCAUGAUUAUGAUGUACAGUUACACUCCAAUAUUGAGUGUUAGAAAACAAUCAAAGGCUUCAUAGUACUGCCAGCAGUCAAGACAAUAACAUUAAUAUCCGGCUUCCUCCCAUUUCCAAAAAACAUGCACCUGGGGAUAGGUUGACUGGCAACGCUAAAUUGGCCCUAGUGUGUGAGCGUGAGUGUGAAUGUUGUCUGUCUAUCUGUGUUGGCCCUGUGAUGAGGUGGCGACUUGUCCAGGGUGUACCCCGCCUUCCGCUCGAUUGUAGCUGAGAUAGGCUCCAGCACCCCCCGCUGCCCCGAAAGGGAUAAGCGGUAGAAAAUGGAUGGAUUGAUAGUUAAGACAAUCAUUUUUUGGGUGACCCAACUUGGCACUUUUAGCUUGAGGCAUGUCAGCUGACAAUACUGUAAAAAGAUGAUUCAAUGUUUUCAGCCCUCAUCAGCUGAUUACUAUGUAAUUCCCAUCCAAGCUUUUGGGUCAUUGGAAUCCUUUGUAUUUAAUCUUUUUCCCGUGCGUUUAGUGACUCCCCCUUUUUAACCUCGGACUUUGGCUUUGUCGUUAUUUAUUUACCACAAUGGUUGAAAAGUAGAUAACAGGAGUACGUGGAGUCAACAACAACAAAAACACUUGUUCACUACUACCAGUUUAAACGUCUUUAAGUCCAUUUCCCCAUUUUUACCACUAAAGUUAUGUAAAUGAUAAUGUCAAAUUUAAAUCCAUUAACUGACUCUGGUUGCAUACACAACCAAGUAAAACAUAUGCAAACUCCUAUGCAAGAAGAUACAACCAAACAGAACUAUCUAUUUGAUAAAGCAACGCACAAGUGUAGUCUGCCUAAGUACGAUGCAGGCUGAGACUUCAUUAAGCAGAUGGAUCAGUUUCUCCUCGCUCUGCGGUGUAAUUACAUUAAUGCUUUAGUGCUGCAUCCAAAAUUGUCUGCUCUGCCUCGUGUUUUAUUUUUGUGUGUAAAACACAGCCCAGUGUACCUUUUAAAUGGAUUGCUUAGCUGUACAAAGUAAAUUACAAAAAAAAAAAAAACACUCUAAAUGCACUACUGACAUUAUACCUGUAUUGGUAUGCAGAGACCAUAAGCACAAUAUUUGCACGGUAAACACGGCAUAAAGCGUUUAUAAUUCUAAAAUACAGGGUCUCGAAAAGAAGGAACAAGCACUGUAACGAAAGGAAAAGGACACAACAAACUAACAACAAUACUAAGAAGGGCAGGGCUUGCUUACAAGAAUUGCUAAGCUACCGUAUUUACUGGGCUAUAAAGCGCAGCAGUAUUUUAGCCACACCGAUCAAAUUUUAGAAGAAGUAAAUAUUUGUACAUAUUUUAGCUGCACCGGACUAUAAGCCUCAGAUUGGUACCUUAAAUGUUUCCAAACGGUCCACAGAAGUAAAACGGAGGAUAAAAAAAAACAGAAGUCAUGGUCAUGGAUCCACUAUCUGCGGGAGCUAGCUCUCCAAUUAGCUAAACAGACUCAAUAACUCUAUAAUGACGUUUUGGUGAACUUUACGAAACUGAAAAAAUACAAAAAGAAUGCCACUGUCAGUUAAUUAUACUAACACAGACACUUGUAAACGUGUUAGCAUAUUCGCUAAUGCUAACGACGCUAGCUUGAUUACUUUACGAUAGCACGUACAUAAUGCAUGAAAACAUUCCUACAGAUGUAAAACAUGGGACGGUUUUAGUAAGUAUGGACUGUUUUUGUUGUACUGUAAAACUUACAAACGUUGCUUGGAGUGAUGAAUGAAGAAUCGGAUAAGCUAUGGACGGUUACACUUCCGGUUCAAGACACGAAACAGGAAGUACAUGUUCAAUCUGCAGUGAUCGAACUUGUGCAGAAGAUGGCGCCGUAGCACCAACAAUAACACUCCUUUUCAGUGUCUCUGUCAGUGGUAUUCAAAAACUAUUUGUUGAACACAUAACAUUAUGGCCGUUUGCAAAGAUAAAUUCAUAAAUUAGCUGCACAGUUUUUUAUUCAAAGCGUAUGAAAUAAGUAGCGGCUUAUCGUCCGGAAAAUAUGCUUAUUGCCAUGUUACUUGCCAAGUAAUUAAGCAAAGAGAAAUAUGACGCGUGUUGAGUUGAGUGCUGCAUUACGACACAAAUGGAAUAAAUUAAAGCACCUCGGGCUGUCUUCCGCAGAGGAAUUUCUUAGUUGAGUCUGAUUUGUGUUUUCUUGUUUACCUAUGAUUGUGUUUAUUUAGCUUGGACAAAAUGUGCUUGACAGCCGAUAAAUGUGUUUUUUUUAUGAGAACAGACGGGGGUUUUUUAAACUCCACUUGUGUCAAUUGUCUUUUUUAAACCACCAGUGUGGAGGAAUUGGCAUUUUCAAAGAAAAUAUGUGCUAGUGUUCAAUUAUUUCUGCUUAAAGAGUUCUAUUUUCUAAAAGUCAGAGAGUCCGUAUAUGCAUCGUGACUGCUGAGCGGGCUGAGCAUGGGGAACACAGAGGAGAAAAUAUUAUGGGAGAGAACAGAUUUGUGUGAACACUGAGACAUCUUUGGUUGCUCGUUUUCAUUAAGUUAUUGUUGAUUGACCACCUCCUCUUUGUACUUUUAACAUUCAAACAAAAGCUACAAUAUUUACUAUGUACACAAAAACAGCAUAAUUUGGCAGGUUUGUAACUUCAGUCGGGAUGUUGGUAGACAGAAGCCAUAUCCGGGAGGAAGAGUUGGCAAGUCAGAAACAGGCGUAUCCCAGCAUGCAUUGUUGUCAUUACAAUUAUCACUUUUGACGGUUGGUUGGUUGCAUACAAUUGCAAUGUAAUUCUUUAUGUUUCCAGUUGUUUCAUUACAGCAUGUCCGAAAAGGAGUAGGGAAGAAGCAAACAGUGUGUGCAUCUUUAUUGUGUUCUUUUGCACAGGCAAAGUUCAAUAGUUAAAGUGGUGUCGUUUUUAGUUGUGUAUAACUAAAUGAUUGCUACUUGUGUUGGUAAUCUGACACCCUUUAUAAAAUGGUUAAUGCAGCGCAUCCUUUUGAAACCGUUCUGGGCUCAUUUAUUAUUGGCAUUACCUAAAUGUAUACGUGUUGGUGAUGCUGCAGCAAGUUUUGUUUUUAGUUUGCUCAAGGUAUGUUGAUUUUCACUUAGUCUCGCGGGUCAGAUGAAAUACUUGCGGGCCAGAGCUUUGACACCUGUAAUCUAGAGAAAGUAAAGAUCGUAACAAGUUUUCGUAAGUCUACAUAUUACUAUUAUUACUGUUACCUGAGGGCAGGCCCGGCCCUAACCAAUCUGGCGCCCUAGGCAAGAUUUUAGGUGGCGCCCCCCCACAUCGGCAGUGAAGUGUAUAUACUCACAAGAAACCAAAUAGCUUUGUCUUUGACCUUUUUUUUACUUAAAGAAAGCAAAUUAACAAUCAGAAUAGUUAACAAGAUAAAAAAAAUAUGAAUAAAUAAAUUAAUGCAAAAAAUAAAAAAUGAAUAUAUGAAAUACAAUAUUUUUUACAUACAUAUUGCUUAAUUAACAUUAAUGAUGUGCACUUUAACAACUAGGCUUACAACUAUACCUAAUAUAUAAAGGGGUGGAAAAGUGACUAUUACCUGCAGGGCAAACAUUAACUAACCAGAAGGCAAUAACACCUGCUUAAAAGAUCUAAUACAAAUGUCCCUGAGGAAUGUAAGGUGGGAGUACUGUAAUUACCUAACGUUACAUUAUUAUUUUCCAUAACAAUUUAGCCCCCUCCACAAUAUUAACCCGACGUUAAAACAGAACUAGCUACUUAUUGAUUAGCAAUUGCCGAAUCAUGUAACAUUAGCUUAAUGCUAAAAAGCCAGGUUACUAUCACAUUCUGUAACAGACAAAUAAUUUCAUGUAGGCUAACGUUACCUACCUGCUACCUCUGUCUUUUUCUCGUUUCUCCUCCUCUUCUUUUCUCUUUUUUCUUCCCUGGGCACCUGACAGUUUUGGCCGUUUUGACAUCUUGUGUUGAUUUUUUGAUGUGGUGACGUCCAAAAAGAGUCAUGAUACGGGAAGGGAGGGGGCGCACCGUGCGGGGGGGCGUAAUAUUGUAACAAAUAAUAUUUCUAUUAUAUAGGCUUUACUUUGCAUUUUAAUUAACGUGGGAUUAUUUUUUGUAUUUAGAAAUAAUACUACCAACUUUUUUUUUUUUUUCUCCAACAUUUGUGGCACUGGCGUGGCGCCCCCUGAUGGACAGCGCCCUUAGCAUUUGCCUAUACGGCCUAUGCCACGGGCCGGCCCUGCCUGAGGGGAGCAAUGAGGGAGUCUUUCUGUUUGAGCAAACGAGUUGAAGCCUUCGAUGGAGACUCUCCGGAAAUUAAACCCAGUGAGCAGUGGCACGGCCUGCUACAUGUCCGACAGGGGGCUCUGGUCCCGAUGGGAGCCGUAUCCCCCGCAUCUCAGAAUUUCCCCCAGGGAUCAAUAAAGUACUUUCUAUUCUAUUCUAUUCUAUCCCGUAGCAUAUUCUCAACCCACCCGCUGUCCCAACUGCGAGGUUGAAAGUUGAAACACACUCCUCUGAAUCGAAUCAUCGGAUAGUCGACUAUUCUCAGACACUCCUGAAGUUAACAUAGACAUGGGACACAAUGGCUAGACACCACAAUACUGUACCUGGCAUCUUUUUGACCUCCUGGUCAGAUCAGAGAUGUGAGAAGACAUAUUCCGUAGGUAGGCAACGUGUGAUUUAUGUACUUUGUCACAAUAGAGAACUCAUAAUGCCACUUUCCCUACAUUUUUUACAUUCUACCAGAGACAAUUCUUUCUUGCCAUUUAAUAGAAUGUGCAAAUAGUACCCUGACAACAAUGUAUCACAGCAUACCGAACCAUACUGUUUGUUGCAAACUAGACGUUUGGCGUUGACAUUGGAAUUUGAAAGCGAUUCUUCAGGCUUACAGACACAAAUACACCUACGGAAAAUACACGCCCCACACUUACGUACCCCACACCCCACAUUCCACACCUUCGUAGCCCCCCAGACAACGGAGCAGCAUCCCAGGUUGCUGCAGCUUUGGGUCAGAUCCCUGCCCCCUCACCCCUCAAUGCAAGUUUCGAGUUGUAUGUCUGUAUGUGCGUUGCUCAGAAGUUUUUUUCCUGGUCUCAGGAACAUGCUUCCCCCCAUGUUUACCCUUUUCCUCCCUUUUUUAUAAGGGGUGCCCCUUAUGUCUACUUGUAGCUGUAUGUCUGAUCUUGGACGGGUUUUGUAUUCAAUAUGUAAUUUUGUUGUACUUUUCAAGUGCAGUGACAAUUAAUACAGUAAAUACACUUCAUUCUCUGCCCCCUAUGACUUUCCAGUGGUUACGAGGCAGAACAAUUAUUGUCAAGCGUAAAACCUCAGCAAACGGUCAUAUGAAAAUCUCCUUGCCAAGCAUUCAUCAUACCCAUACCUUUCCAUAAUGUCAUCAGAUGGUGCUAUGUACUGUCUUAGUCUGUUACAUGAUAACUGGGUGACAUUAAAAAUGUUUUGGUUGCCAGGUAUUUUUUUUUACAUAUCAUUACUGGUCUCUGUUGAAAGAGACUGCAGAGUCAUAGUACAUAGUCUUGUGGAAUUUGUUUGUAUGUGGUCUGAGAGCAACAGUUCUCAUCUCAUCCAUCAGUAUAUCAGGUUAUCUGAACCGAGACCUGAAAGAACCAAAUUUAAGGCAUUAUGAGUGACCUGAGAAUGCAGGCAUGUAUGUGGCGUGAGACAGGGCCAUGUCCGCACACACAAAGUCCCUGGGAUUGCAAAAGGGUGUACAAUGUCUGAUUGAAAAGACUCUCGAAACAUUCAGUUCUAUAGCUAUUUAUGAGAAUUGGCAACUGGUAUUUAGACAAACUCAAUGACCAGCACUGUGUCUCGUAUUUGGAAGUCCUACAGACCACUUAAAACAUUGAAAAGUAGGCAAGGCAAGUUUAUUCAUAGAGCAAUUCAAAGUGCUGUACAGAAAAUUACAAAAGGGCAAACCAUUAUAGUAAGCAUACGUCCAAAUAAAAACAUAAAAUAAAAUGAUCAUACAACUAUUAUAAUUCAAAUUCAAAUUAAAUAAGUGUAGAUCAAAUACUUUCAGUUGUCUUAUCCACAAUUGAACGAAAGUAUUUUCAGCCUAGAUUUGAACAUUGCCAACAUUGAGGCCUUUCUUAAGGAAGACUAUUCCAGAUUUCAGGAGCAUAAAACUGAAUGCUUGGUCCUGACUCUGGGCACCAGCAGGAGACCACUCCCUGAGGUUCUCAGAGCCCAAGAUGGUUCAUAUAGCUCUAACAUGUCAGAGAUUUCUUUUGGCACGUACACAAGAACAGUUGUUUUAAAGUCUAUUCUCUGAGCAACAGGAAAUAUGGUAAAAGAAAAAAUAUGGUUAAAUUUCCUGGUUCUAAUCAGGACUUGAGCAGCAGCAUUUUGCAUGUACUGCAGCUGCUUUACAGUAGUGAGGCAUCAGCUUAAGUAUGCAGGAUUUUAAAAGUGAUCCGUCUUUGUGCGUGUGUGUGUACGAAGCACAGCGUAUGCAGGGUAUGUGGUUUCUGUAAGCCAGGUGAUGUGUGUAAGAAACUGGGGAAAUAUACCAAGUAAGAAGAGAUUUGGUUUUCCUUGAAAUAAACGAAACUGCACUUUAGUUACUAAUGUUCCAGUUUAUUGUCAUUAAUUGAUGUCAAAAUAAAUGUUAACAUAAAAAGUUGUAAACUGUUAAAUGUAAAUGGAGGUGUUCCGAUACCACUUUUUCACUUUAAUACGAUGCCGAGAUUGAAUAUGAGCCGAUAUCAAUAUUGAUCGGACCAUUUUUUUAAUUAUUAUUUUGUAGUGUGGAAUGUUAGAAAAUGCUUGACCACGUGAAAAGACUCAGAGAACACUGGUAGGUAUGAAAAACACUAACCUAUUUAUAAUUAAUCGACUGGAAUGGACGUAUGCUGUCUUUAAGUUUAAGUGGAGUCGUGAUGGAUUUUGACUAUAUAGUGGCCAGAAUGAUUCAGCUUAUGACACAGUCAGUUAUUACUGGAAACUUUCUAAUACGCUUCUGCCUUGGACACUUAAGAUAUAUAAGAUACUUGUCUGUCUUGAAAAAUGUCCUGUUUUAGACGGCAUUAGUUUUCAAUUAAGGACACGUAUUAGAUUGUGUGCUAUUGUCUGCUCAGCUGUUGUGUAGCUCCUAGUAGCCUACAGCCGACAAUGUUUACAUUUUGUAAAUGACUUCACUGAAAUACAAGAAAAGACCAACCUUGUGUGCUUCUUGGAGAACAUUUAGAUGUUAAUGCGCUGCAGGACUACAUGUGUAAGAGAGUUUACAUGAAAGUCCAAUUUAUCCUAUACUUGUUUUUUUUUGCUAAUAUCAAACUGAUAUCAAUAUGGAAUCGGGACACCUCUAAAUGUUAAACCCAAAAAUGACAUUUUUAAUAACGUCUGGUGUAGAGGAACAUGACAUGACCCUGCAAAGACCCUUUCAAACACCCUUGCAAAGAGCUCCAACAGUUUUAGACAUACCUUAGUCAGUCCUUUAUCUCUAUCGCCAACUUCCUGUACGUCAGUGUAAGAAAGAAUGUGUGUCGUCUGUGUGGUCAAACAGUGUGUUUCUGUACCUGACUAAAGUGCUAUAGUUUGAGCCUCUCAUGUACAAAAUUCAACUGUUCCUAUUCAUUCUCUCUCAACAUACAGUGUAUGGAUAUCUAUAAAUGUUUGUUUGUAACAUGCACUUCAACUGGUGAUGAUGUGAGUAAUAUCCAUGAGAUGAUGCACUCCGAAUGAUGUAAAUACUUGACUUAUAUAGGCUGUAUUUCAUGUAUUGAAAAUAUAUUUAUAUGCUGUAAAAGCAUAAUAAAAGAAAAACGGACUCAUUUUUCCUUAUGAGAAGUGUUUAUUGUACUGUAAAGGUGUAACAACAUGUUUUUGGUCCCUGAUGCAGAGUACAAAAGACGUUUUAGUUACAAAAAACAAAAAUACUCCAAUACAUUGGGUCGUGUACUCCUUAGAUUCACUUUUCCUACGUACGAUGACAAACAGAGGAUUAAUGUUCCGUUAUUUAGACUCGUGGAUCUCAAACUUUUUUCACCAAGUACCACCUCAGAAAACACUUGGCUCUCCAAAUACCAUAAUGACCAACAUUGAAAUACAGUAGCAAAGUAGGCCUAAAUAUUCAUUAAAAAUAGGUUUUAUUUAAAAGGUGUAUUCCGCCCCAUUGUAGCUGAGAUAGGCUCCUGCGACCCCAAAAGGGACAAGCAGUAGAAAAUGGAUGUAUGGAUGGAUUUACUAUUUUUGGCCACCGUAACAUUCACACAGUUUGAACAGUAAGUAACACUGUUUGAAUAUUUAAUUAGGUGAUUCGUUGGCCUACCACUAGAUAGAGCCCUUGGUACGCGUACUACAAUUUGAGGUUAUCUGAUUUAGACUAGGCAGCACGGUGGAAGAGGGGUUAGUGCGUCUGCCUCACAAUACGAAGGUCCUGAGUAGUCCUGGGUUCAAUCCCGGGCUCAGGAUCUUUCUGUGUGGAGUUUGCAUGUCCUCCCCGUGACUGCGUAGGUUCCCUCCGGGUACUCCGGCUUCCUCCCACCUCCAAAAACAUGCACCUGGGGAUAGGUUGAUUGGCAACACUAAAUUGGCCCU